ACAAGAAGGAGGGAAAGGAGGAAGAGAAGAAGGAGCACGAGCAGGAGGGAGAGGAGCAGGAGGAGGAGGAAAAGAAGAAGAAGAAGAAAGAGGAAGAGAAAAUGAAGGAGAAGGAAGAGGAGGAGAAGGAAGAGGAGGAGAACAAGAAUAAGGAGGGGGAGAAGAAAAAAGAGGAUGAGAAGGAGGAGGAGGACGUACCUUGCUGGCUCCGGUGAUGCACCUAUCAUCCGGUCGUGUGACCUGGAGUCUCAACUUACUGCAAAAAGAAAGCCCUCAGGUUCCUGGUCAUGGGCAGCAUCGCCUCUUGCUGUCUUCCUUCCACUCCAAAGCUCCACAGGGAAGUUCACUCUGGACUGGAGGAGCACCGAGUGGAAGUGGAACCAAGCCUGGUGGAGACUGAGAGCAGCCUGCAACACAUCAGUGACAGAGAGAACAUGGAUGAGUUGGACACGUUGGUCAGUCCUGCAGAUCAUCCACAGACCAGCACCAUGUUCCUAAGGAAGUCUCUCAACGAUGUGACAGAAAAACAAAGGAUACACUUUAUACGAUACUACGGUCCGGUCACCAGGUGCAAGUACAGUUCCUGCUCCACCAUCUUUCUUGAUGACAACACCGUCAGUAGGCCACACCUGAAAUACACCAUCAAAUGCGUGGCGCUGGCCAUUUACUACCACAUAAAAAACAGGGACAAAGAUGGAACACCACUCGACAUUUUUGAUGAGAAGCUCCAUCCUCUCUCAAGAUCCCAAGUGACGGCGGACUACGACCGGCGUGACCCAGACCAGAGGCAGACAUAUCGCUUUGUGCGUACGCUCUUCUGUGCUGCUCAACUGGCGUCCGAGUGCGCCAUCGUCUCGCUGGUGUACCUGGAGAGGCUGCUGACGUACGCAGACAUCUCCAUGAGUCCCGGCACGUGGAAGAGGAUGGUGCUGGGUGCCGUCCUGCUGGCUUCCAAGGUGUGGGAUGACCAGGCCGUGUGGAACGUGGACUACUGUCAGAUCCUCAAAGACAUGGCGGUGGAGGAUAUGAACGAGCUGGAGCGUCACUUCUUGGAGCUUCUGCAGUUUAACAUCAACGUGCCCUCGAGCGUUUAUGUCAAGUAUUAUUUUGACCUACGCUCCCUCUCAGAGGCCAACGACCUCAGCAUCCCCCUGGAGCCACUCAGCCGCGACAAGGCUCGCAAACUGGAGGCUAUUUCCAGACUGUGUGACGACAGCUUCAAGGACGCGCGGCGAGCCGCCAGGAAGCACUCCGCCAGCCAGGACGACCUGUACGGGGUCACCUGGGUUCCCGCCAUCCUCUCCUAACACAGACUGGACUGAUGGCGUGCUGGACUCCACCUUGGAUGUCAGGUGAUGUCUUGGUUUGAGAGAAAGGUCUGAAACAAAUAGACUUUCUAGAACAAAUCGCCUCUGACAUUUAACAGAAACUUUAUUUUUUUAGUUCCUUUUUAUUUCUAUAUUUGAACAGCUAGUAGAGUGGAGUGACUUUCUACGUGUUCAUUCCUAGAAAAAUAAAAACAUUGAAAAUGAGUCUUCAGAGGUUUUUGUCAAGUAAUUCCGGUGUUCUAGCUUAUUACCUCGACGAGAGAAGGAAAUAUUUUCGGAUUUAGUAUGUUUGCUAUUGUUUGACAUCAGCUCUGU